AUGGCUGCACAAGGAGUCACAGGAGACCUGCUCUGCUUGAUCAUCGACCUCAACCCAGCCGCAUGGGCCCAGUCGGGCCAGCCAGGUCCUCUAGCAGGCGACUCGCUGUCACUCGAGCAAGCGCUCGACCACGCCCUCGUCUUCUGCAACGCCCACCUCGCCCUCCGACACGAGAACCAGCUCGCCGUCUUUGCCGCCGCACCAGGCCUCAGCCGCCAGCUGUUUUCGUCCCACUUGUCCCCCACCACGGCGUCGACCUCGGCCGCCUCGGACAGCAACAUCUAUCAGCAGUUCCGCAUCGUCGAUGAGCGUGUCACGCAAGGCGUCAAGGACCUCAUGCGCGAGCUGCCAGACGACCCUCCAACAGGCGCCAACCUCGUCGGCGCGCUCUCCAUGGCUCUCUGCCACAUCAACCGCUUGAACGCGACCGACGCCUUUGCCUCGUCGGCCGCCUCGCGCAAGGCUCGCCCACGUAUCGUCGUCCUCAGCGUCACCCAGGAUUCGAGCGCGCAGUACGUGCCGAUCAUGAACUGCAUCUUCACGGCGCAAAAGAACAACAUCGAGAUCGACGUGUGCAAGGUGUUCGGGCCCGACGCCGUCUUCCUCCAGCAGGCGUGCCACUUGACGAGCGGCGCCUACUUCAAGCUCGAGCGGCGCGCCGCCCUCUUGCAGUACCUCCUCGUCGGCUUCCUCCCCGGCGCGGCGGCGCACAAGAACCUCAUGCAGCCGCGGCAGGAGCACGUCGACCUGCGCGCAGCGUGCUUCUGUCACCGCCGCAUCGUCGACAUCGGCUACGUGUGCUCGGUGUGCCUCUCGAUCUUCUGCAGUCCUCUUCCUGUGUGCUCGACGUGCCGCACCAAGUUCCCCAUGUCGACCCUCAAGCGCCUCGGGUUCGGCGCCGCCCCAGGAGGAGGAGGAGGAGGAGGAGCGGGGCUCGCGCGCCCGAAGAAGCGCAAGGCGCCGCCUGGGGGAGCGGCGGGCGCGAGGGCGUCGCCUGCGCCAGGAGUGGCGGGAGCGGGAACUGGAGGAGGGGCAAGUGCGAGGGGUACGCCGGCGCCGGCGGCUGGGGCGGCGACAGGAGGAGGAGCUCAGGCGGGCUGA